UGUAAGCAGGUGUUUCACCGUGCGUGUGCUGCGACCCACACAGUGCUGAUGAUGUAUGCAUUACUUCGGCUGAGCCAUGCACAAAGCCGGCAUAUGAAGACACAUCAGGGCCACAUGAGUUUUGGCAUCUUAAUUUGGCAACUGAAUAACCGACACAGCCCCACAUGUAUCAUGCAGAAGCAGGGAUGCACGCACCGACUUUGCCCGCCUCGCUGACCGACAGACGGACACUCCACCUAAUCUUCGCCUCCACACCAUUACUCAAAAAACGGAAAAGUCAAGCUAUGUUAUUUAUUUAUCUGCUCAUGCUUGCCAUCACUGGCAGACACGAUCGGUUGGACAGACCAAAAAACAAAUGGCUGGCAAGAUGUUGCUUUUUCUUUGUCUAGCUAAUUUACAUACACAACACAUCCAAGGCACAUCAUGACCGUCAGCCACACGUAUGAACAGCCCGGAUACUGCAUGAAAGGAAUGCAUCAGGUUGCCUGGCAUUCACAUCACAUACAUACACUUCCCUCCGUCACUUAUUUCUUAUCUAGCCACGGCCACGAGACCAUUGGCUUCACCCCGACCUCCUUGUCGGGGUCCUCCAGCCGCUCGAUGAUGUAGUCCAACACGCGCUGGCGCCCUCGCCAUCGUCGUCGAAAACGUUCCAUGGGUCCGUCGUCGAAACGAAUUUGUUUUGGUCCUUGUCGUACCACUUCAUGUGCCACGUCUCCCCGUCAGUGUACGCGCAGUGCUUGAUGUCAUUGCGAUGGCAGAGCCACUUGAGGUCCUUUCGACCCUUAGAACGAAUCCAGGCCCCCAGCAAGACAGCAAACUGUGUCCCAUCCCUGAUUGAUUGCACACACAAUACGCGUGUACAGGAAAUCACGUACUGCUUCGUUGCUCGCUGUCUCAUUUAGUGUGUUGUACGCAUACCCUUUCCACGGGUAGUCGCCGUAGCUGUCCUUCUGUAGAAAUCAGCAGUGUGCAGUCGUCGUGUUUUCCAUCCGGCCCGUCGGUGGCGCUCACGAGGACCCGCCACUCUGUUGGCAUGACCAACUGCUGCAUCUGAGACAAGCAGAGAGGUGAGAGGGAUAAAUUUCCAACCGAACGCCACAGAACACGUGGGUUAACACAAUCGAUCGAUGCCUGGCUGUAUUUGUCGUCGCGUCAUACGAGAUCUCUCUGCCUGCUGCCUGCCUGCCUGCCUGUCUGUCUGUGUACCAGUGGCCAGAAGUAGUAGCCGCCGGCCAUUGCCGCCUGGGAACGCACAUUCACCUCCAGCAUCCUGAAGGAACAGACACACGCGCACACAACAUCCGGACUACAUAUGUUGCCUGUAAAUGCUGCAUUUUGGUGGUGUGUAUUGAUUGCAGUCAGGCACACACUUUCACUCACUUGCCAAGGAUUCCCUUAACAUCGUCACCGUCUGUUGCAUCGACAAAAAAUUGACGGAGGGCGUGUGGAAGACUUUUGGCAGGGGCUUCAUCCGAUUGGCUUUGAUGAUCGCUUGGUGCUGGCGAAGCAUCUGAGCAGAAACGGAUUCAUCAUCAUCCUCCUCGUCGACAGCCUCCUGCAUGCAUCAAUCAGGACACGCGCACACAGCACAUCUAUCUAUCAUCUCUCCACGUGAAGUGCAGUCGGCCACUGUGCGUCCUCACCUCCGGAACUUGUGGUGAUGCGGUAGGCUCCACAGGCGGCGACGCCUUCGUGCGACUUCGUCCGUGGCGGACCACCUGCAGAAGCACACGCAAACUACUGAACACCUGAUAGUGAGUGCAUCUGUCUGUCCAAUUCGCUCGCCUUGUCUGCCUGGUUUCCCGGGACGUACUUUCGCAGGAUCCCAUUGAUGCCUGGACCGGGGAAUAUGAGGAAGGAAGAAG